UCCCCCUGCCCCAGCUGCCACCCCAAGACCCGUCUCCGAGCUGGACCCGGGGCCGACUUCGCAGAAGGAUAUAUGUUGGGUAAAGGAGAAAAACGGAAGUUUGAUGAGUAUGAAGAUGGGCUGGAAGGCAAAGUCGUGUCUCCCUCCGACGGGCCAUCCAAGGUGUCUUACACCUUACAGCGCCAGACUAUCUUCAACAUUUCCCUUAUGAAGCUCUACAACCACAGGCCCCUGACCGAGCCCAGCCUGCAGAAGACCGUCCUCAUCAACAACAUGCUGCGGCGGAUCCAGGAGGAGCUCAAGCAGGAAGGGGGCCUGAGACCCGUGUUUGCCCCGGCCUCGGCCUCGGCCUCCGCCUCCGCCUCCCCACCGCAGGCCGAGGACGGAGCUGCUGCCACCGCUGCAGCCGCGUUGAGUGACAGCUGCCGCGAGGCCCCGCCCACUCACCCCUGUGACCUCGGAAGCACUCCGCCCCUGGAGGCCUGCCUCACCCCGGCCUCGCUGCUCGAGGCGGACGACGACGCGUUUUGCACUGCCCCGGCCGCCCUGCCCCUGCCCACGCCGCCGCCAUUAUCGGCGGCGCCCACCAAACUCUCGCCCCCGGCGCUGCCGCCCGAGAAGGACAGCUUCUCCUCGGCCUUGGACGAGAUCGAGGAGCUCUGCCCCACAUCUACCUCCCCCGAGGCCGCUGCCACGGUGGCCACUUCCGCUUCCGGUUCCGCCCUGGCGCCGCACUGCGCCCUGAUUGAGCCCGGCGGCGGCAAUGGCGGCACCGCGGGCUGCGGCCUGCAGAGACUCGAGGGCGACCUCCCCGGGGGCCGCGCCGACGACCCCAAACUGAUGGCGGACUCGCUGCCCGGCAACUUCGAGAUCACCACGUCCACCACGGGCUUCCUGACGGACUUGACGCUGGACGACAUCCUCUUCGCCGACAUCGACACGUCCAUGUACGACUUCGACCCCUGCGCCGCCUCCGCCUCCGGCGCCGCCGCCGCCGCCUCCAAGAUGGCGCCCGUGUCGGCGGACGACCUGCUCAAGACGCUGGCGCCCUACAGCAGCCAGCCCGUGGCGCCCAGCCAGCCCUUCAAGAUGGACCUCACCGAGCUGGACCACAUCAUGGAGGUGCUGGUGGGCUCCUAA